UCCCCUUGCUCUUUAUGUCACGUUAAAAUGGCAAGUUGACAUUGUCCCACUCCCUUCCUCCCCUUGCUCUUUCGUGGGCCGUCAGUAAUUAGACUUCCGCCUUCUCCUUUUUCUUUUUCCUUUUUCUUAUUCCUUUUUUCAAUUUUCAUCACCCCUCUUCCGUUCCUCAAACACCUCCAUCCCUAAUUUCCAUGUCCCAAUAGUCAAAUCUCCUCCCCGGCCCCCCCAAACCCCAACCCACGCACCCAUCGAUCCAUCAAUGGCUAAGCGAACCCUCCCCCUUCUCAAGCACCUACUUCACUCCCCAUCCCAUGCCCAUUCCUUAACAUCAACCCGAUCCGUCACCUACAUGCCUCGACCCGGUGACGGCACUCCACGUGCCGUCACCUUAAUCCCUGGUGACGGGAUCGGACCUCUCGUCACUGGUGCAGUCGAACAAGUCAUGGAGGCGAUGCAUGCUCCUGUGUACUUCGAGCGUUACGAUGUUCAUGGCGAUAUGAAGAGUAUGCCUCCGGAGGUAAUGGAUUCGAUCCGGAAGAAUAAGGUUUGUUUAAAAGGAGGUUUGAAGACUCCCGUGGGUGGUGGUGUUAGUUCCCUCAAUGUUCAGCUUAGGAAAGAGCUUGAUCUUUAUGCUUCUCUCGUUCAUUGCUUUAAUUUGAAAGGCCUUCCUACUCGCCAUGAGAAUGUUGAUAUUGUUGUCAUUAGGGAGAAUACUGAGGGCGAAUAUUCGGGGCUGGAGCAUGAGGUUGUUCCCGGUGUCGUUGAGAGCCUGAAGGUAAUGACAAAGUUUUGCUCAGAACGAAUUGCCAAAUAUGCCUUUGAAUAUGCAUACCUCAACAAUCGCAAGGUAGUGACUGCUGUGCACAAAGCAAAUAUUAUGAAGCUUGCAGAUGGUUUGUUUUUAGAGUCUUGUCGAGAAGUUGCAAGCAAAUACCCUGGGAUCAAGUACAAUGAGAUCAUUGUGGACAACUGUUGCAUGCAACUUGUAUCAAAGCCUGAGCAAUUUGAUGUUAUGGUCACGCCUAAUCUCUACGGAAAUCUGGUAGCAAAUACAGCAGCUGGUAUUGCUGGAGGCACAGGUGUUAUGCCAGGAGGCAACGUCGGGGCUGACCAUGCUGUGUUUGAGCAAGGUGCUUCAGCAGGAAAUGUAGGAAAUGAGAAGAUACUUGAGCAAAAGAAGGCAAAUCCAGUUGCCUUGUUUCUUUCAUCAGCUAUGAUGUUGAGACAUCUGCAGUUUCCUUCAUUUGCAGAUAGACUAGAAACUUCAGUAAAGCGUGUAAUUGCCGAAGGUAAAUACAUGACCAAAGAUCUUGGUGGAGUUAGCACCACCCAAGAAGUCACGGAUGCUGUCAUUGCAAAUCUGAAGUAAUAUCAAAACAACUCCCAUACUUCUGUACUUGAGAUGAUUCAUGCUACAUGUUUUUAAUUCAUCAUCCUUGUUAUGACUUCAAUUGUUCUGUUCUUCCGUUGGUGCAGCGGCCUUUUCGAGGUGGCACAUUCCACAAAAUAAUGUGAAUGUCCCAAGUGGAAAUAUUACAGUAAGAAACGGGAUUUUACAAGCUUAUAGCCAUUUUAUUUCCUAUAGAAUGUUCUUUGUAAUGAAGGUGAAUGAAUUUGAGAUAGCAACUAUUGAGCUUAAUGCGGGCUUCCUUACGAA